AUGUAUGCACCAGACACCCAAGAGUUUGAUCUUUCCCCCGGCAGGCAGGCAGGCACGGCUUGUAUGAAGCCAAGUCUGUCGCAGCUUCCUAGCUCGAGAGCAACCCAGCUUAGAGUUUCCUGGCACUGGGUCUGUCAUUGUUGGCCCACCGCCUCCGGAGGAAUAAAUGUCAGCAAGCCAGCAAGCAAGUCACCACCACCACCGGCCUGUCAACGAGGGUUACCUGACGAUCAAAAUCCAAGUCGUGCCGGGGUGGAAUUGAGUUUCGACAAGCACCCACCGGUGCGAUCGUCUACUGCUCACCCACUUUGUCGGGACCUUACUAUCGGACCAGUCCCUUACCACCCGAGUCGUGCUCGCGCGUCUGUCGGCGCUUCCGUGGGUGGACUCGCCGGGCAACAAGAAGAUAGCUCAGAUUCACAGCCCCAGCACGAAGGGAAAGCUCCGCUUCUGCCUUCUUUCAUCCCGAUCGAGCAUCCCCGGGGGAUCCCUGCUGGCACAUUGGAGCAAAGACUUUCUGCACGGAUCCCGACGGAGCCUGACUGGAACCGUCGACCGGUCCAGUGGAAGACCUCGAAUCUAGACAUCGACGCUGCCUUGCUGACAGGCACGUUAAGCAGACUGGUACAGAGGAAAGUUGACGCGGCGCACAGUCCUCCUCUUGGGCAUCUGGUCGUCAUGCGGUUCCGUCUACUCGUCACAGGCCACCACGGGUUGCGCUGUCCUCUACUGGGUUCUAUUGGGUUGGAAAUAGGUCACCGUGCGGGUAUGAUGAUGGGCGGUGAUGAUGACAACCGAGGUCAUCGAUCAUUUUCCCUCACGACUAUCCAUAGCCCGAGGGAAGUGUCGGAAGAGGAUAAGAGAGGGGAGGGGAGCUACUGUGAAAAGGCGCGCGCAUAUGGGCCGCAGAGCUCGGACCGCUUGCCGGGUCGAGCGCAUACCCGAUUCGAUGUGUAG